CCGCUGUAGAGAUAUAAUCGCAGAGUUGACCCAGAAAGCGAUCUCCCGGAUCAGGGAACGACACGAAGAGAACCGACACCGCGCUCCUGCCUGGAAUACCACGGAAACUGCUAAGGACAGAAACGGUUUUAGAAGAAGGAAGGAGCGACUUUACACUGCAUCACUUCAAAACCAUGGCCGAUCACAUGAUGAUGCCCAUGAGUCAUGGGUUCCGCAUGGGCAUGAACAAUCACCCUCAGCAUAUGGGCCAGCCAGGCAUGCGUACCCUCCCGAACGGCCAGCUGAUGCAUUACACCAGAGGGCCUCAAGGUUCCUUGGAGGUGGCUAUGAGGCAGCGGGCCGGCAUGGGGCCCAUGAUGAACGGACAGAUGGGGAACGGGCAUCAGCAUCAUCAUCAUCAGAUGCAAUCGGGUAACAUGAUGUACGGAGGAGCGAAUCAGCAACCGGGGCCACAGCACCACCAAGCUCAACAUCACAUGCAUCCACAGAGCCAAGCGCCACAGCAGCAGCAGCACCAGCAGCAGCACCAGCAGCAGCACCAGCAGCAGCACCAGCAGCAGCACCCGCAGCAGCACCAGCAGCAGCAGUACAUGAGUGGAGGAGGUCUAAGCACAUCUCAGCAGCUUAUGGCCAGUAUGCACCUGCAGAAACUCAACACCCAGUACCACGGGCAUCCUCUCGGCCCUGGCAAUGGACAUCACAUGGGACCCAGUGGUCCAUACAGGAUGGCUCCAAACCAACUGUCAGGAAUGCCAAUGGGGAUGGGUGGUCCAACGUUGGGUCUUAACGUCAUGGAUACGGACUUGAUUGACGAGGAAGUUCUCACAUCUCUUGUGCUCGAACUGGGUUUGGACAGGGUACAAGAGCUUCCCGAACUCUCACUGGGUCAGAACGAGUUUGACUUUUUCUCAGACUUUGUGUGCAAGCAGCAGCCCAGUACUGUCAGCUGCUGAGCAGUCAAUCAGACGUUGUUUCACUUCACAUCUGUUCCGGUCACUGAUGAGUCGUACAGUUCGGAGAAGCCAGUUUUACAAGUCUGAAGUGAGAGUGACUUUGUAAAGUUAUGCUAUAUAUAUAUAUAUAUACACACACACCGUAGUACACUCUGACCUGGCCCGUUUGUUGGCUAAUGAGAAGAAAGAAGGGAGUUCACUCUGAACGAUCACUGCUCUUUUACGAGCCGAACUCUUAAACCUUUUUGUAAAAGAGUGUGGGAUUUUUUGUGAGGUAGCAGCCAACUUUUUGUAUAUCGGCCCCCUGGGGUGAGGAUGUAGCUCAGUCAAUUCAGGGAUGAAUGUGAAAUAUCAUCCCUCAUUAGUGCAUAUAGCCGGGCCUUGCCUUGCCUCCCUGGAGACAUCACUGGCAUUUAGAAAUAUAUUUAUAAGAAUCACCAAAAACCUGGAAAAUCAUAUUCUGCUAUAUAAAUAUAUAUAUAAAAACACAAGCUUCCAGAGGCUUGUUAUGAGAAGAACAGUUUGAGUAUUUUAGUGUAUUGAAGGCUGGUACUUCAAGACCAACUCCAAACUAUUCCUUGGUUGCUGAAACGUUUAAAAGCCCAGGAUUGACACGCCGGAGCUGUUACUUAUCACAGCGAUGCGAUGUUCAUUUUCUCUCAUCCAAACGCCCUCGGUUAGCAUAAACAUCACACGUUUUUAUCCCAGUCGACGCGGUUCGGAUGCUCGUAAUGUUCAUACUACUUCAACCGAAUGAAACCAAAUCAACUGGCUGGCAGUUAAGUGUCAGCCGUUUACUGUAUGCUGUCUCUUUAUGCUUCUAGAGGUAGCGAGAAACAGCUUGGAAAGCACUGGAAUGUCUUAUUAGCUUCUGUCGUUAACUGCUGAGCCUGCUCCCUGCUGGAUUGUCAGCUCCAGGACUGCCUUAAACAAGCAGCAUUACUUUCUCCAAAAAAAAUCUAAAUUACAGAAGCCAGAAGUUUUGGCUAAGCGGAUAAAAUCUGGACUUCGCUCGUAGUUUUUAUUUCUAGGAACUCGUCUCGUCUUUGAUGUCAACCUUGACGCCGAGUUCUCUAUCUGAAAUGUACGUCGUGCUCAUAUAUACGGUCAGUAGAUGUCUUUAGAGUGUCACUAUACUGUGAAUAAGUUUGACAAUACAGCGCCACUGUGCUCACUUCCCUCAAACCGACACAUUGCUCAGUGAUCUCUUGUAGCAAGCCGCUAAGUAGAUGAGAACAGCGUUAUAUUCUACGGCAAUACAUUUUUUUGUUUGUUUUUGUUUUAGGGUUUUUUUUGCCACCAGUUUGACAUUCUUCAGAAUGUUAUAUUGUUGUUGGACACCACAUGUCCUCAUUACAGGUUUUCAUGGCCUCAUGGUAGCAUUGUACCAUGUCUCUCGGUAUGUAAGCUUACAUUACAGGUUCAUCACUGUUUCUCCACACACACACAAACAUUUAUAAGCACGGUUUUAAUUGAGGUCAACGUACCAAGUCCCUUCAGUUGAAAUGAAUUCAUUUCUGCAUUGUUGCUUUGUUAGUGUUAUUAACUUACAGCGAAGAAUGCAGGCGUUCUCCCGAACACGGUUAUGGUAUUUCCUUAUCUCAGCUGGUCUUUGUAUCAGAUUAGCAAAGCUUGUUCAUAUAUAAAAAUUGGUAUGUUCCAUUAAAAUGUGCUCCUUCCCCAUCUUAAUCCACCUCAGGAGAACAUACCUGGCAACUCAAUGAAUGAUGCACAAGGUCAAAGAUUUUGUCCGACCAUAUCCAUUUUCAUACAUCACUCAACGUGAACACCGAUAAAAUCCAAUGUUCGUGAUGGCCGCUGUUGAAUAUCGCACUGUAGCACACUAGCGAGGCAGUGAACAAGAUUAUCGCGUAAGAAAAAAAAAGACCCGGAAAAAUGUAUUUUGUGAGUUGAACUGUUGCAGGUCUGCGCUACAGUGUUCACAGUCACUUUGUGUACCUUAAACAUUCAGGCGACUGCUCCUACCUUUGCAUCUGUCUAGACUCCAGACGUAUGAGUUUGUUGUACCAGUGGCUUUGUGUGUGGAAUCCCUGGCUUGUUUUUUCUUUUUUUUUUUUUUUUCUUUCUAUCCGUAACCUCACUCCCAGAAAUGCUUUUUAAAAUGUUGUUGAUUCUAUCUUGAUAAAAUGUAUUUAUUUUCACU